UUUUUGGACAUUAGCUCAAUGCAUAGAGAGUUCACUCAUACUAGUCCUUGCCAGGUCCUCAGCAGCACCUACGCGACGUUGUGACUUUGCGAUCGAGUGACUGAAACCAUAAAUGACCGGAAGCGGAAGAAGAACCACUCGGAGCAGAGCCAGAUCCUCCGCCGAUCCUGACGGCGGAGACGACGAUGCCUCACUCCGGGAAGCGAAGUUGAAGCUGAAGCGUCGGAGAGAGAGGAGCAAGUACGGAAGCACCAUUCCACUAUUCAACAAUCCGAACCUCAAGGUGGUGCUCCUUAUCACCGUGGUGGCAUUCUUCGUAAUCUUGUUUCUGAUCUUUCACCUUGUCAAUUCCACCGCCGAACCCGAGCUCCCUCGCGCCGUCACGCCGCUUCCUGCCCCCAAGAUUAUGGACCUUCCUCAGUUUCAAGGUGAACACAGGGAGAGUUUGUAUUGGGGAACUUAUCGUCCCCAUCUUUAUCUUGGAAUUCGUGCCAGGACUUCACAGUCUUUGAUGGCUGGAUUGAUGUGGAUUGGUGUGAAGGAUGGAAGGUAUCACUUGCGACAUGUCUGCAAAGAUGAGGAUGAUCUUGGCACUUAUGGUUGGACAAAGCAUGAUGGACGUGAAUUCGGGCAUCAGUUGCUGGCAGAUCAUGGCAUGACUUUGGCUACUGAGUUUUUAAAAUCAAAGGUGGGUGGCAGUGGUUACGGAGGGGAUUGGGCAGUUCGAAUUAGUGUGCACAUCAAUAAGUCUGAGUGGAACGAGGAGUUUGGGAAAGGUGCCCAGCUUUUCUUCUAUUUGGCUGAUGAAGGUGGUAAUGUUCUGGAUCUAAGUAGAGAAAAGUUGAACAUUCAUGAGGAUUCUUUGCUUGCAUCUGGCUCUCGACUGGAUAUUGGAAAUUGGCAGCUGCAUUUAAAAUCAACGGAUGAUUUAGAGCUGCAUUAUUCUGGAUUUCGCACCCCUCACUUUCAUAAUUUAUCUGAUCUUGUUGAGGAAAAUCUUGCAUCACAAAUAAGAAACCAUGCUCGAUUACAGCUGUCUGACUCAUCAGUUGAUUCUCCAAAUGUGUUAGUUUUUCAGAUUAUCGGUGGAUUUCCUUUCACAACAGAUAUUGCACUUCUUUCUGGAACUGGUUCGGAAAGCUCAAGAGUAGACGAGCGUGUUAGUCAGUUAACAGGCACCUCAUUGACCAGUCAACUGAAUGAUAAGAAACAAGCUUUUGACAAAAAGUUUGAAGAUGUUUUCAGUUUGGCUGAGAAGGUGGAUUCAGAAUCCAUAUCUGUUGGUAAGGCUGCUGUAGGGAACUUGUUAGGUGGCAUUGGUUACUUUUAUGGGCAGUCAGUAAUUGCAAUUCCAAGAACCCUCGAUCUUAAAGAGCAUGUUAAGUAUGUAUCAUAUUGGCCUGCUGAGCUUUAUACAGCUGUACCAGGUCGAUCUUCCUUUCCAAGAGGAUUUUUAUGGGAUGAAGGCUUUCAUCAACUUCUAAUCUGGCGUUGGGAUAUUCAUAUUUCGUUGGAUAUCAUUGGACACUGGUUAGAUUUGAUGAAUGUUGAUGGAUGGAUACCUCGUGAACAAAUUCUGGGAGCCGAAGCGCGAAGUCGGGUCCCAGAGGAAUUUGUUCCGCAGCAUCCAACAAAUGGAAAUCCUCCAACUCUGUUUUUAGCAUUGAAUGAUAUAGUUAACGGCUUGAAGACCAACAAGUUUAAUUCAAAGGAUAGAAGUGAUAUAUCUCUGUUCCUAGAGCGUGCCUUUGUUAGAUUGGAAGCAUGGUUCCAAUGGUUUAAUACAACUCAGUCAGGGAAUCAGAUGGGCAGCUACUACUGGCAUGGACGGGACAAUAAAACAAUACGAGAAUUGAAUCCCAAGACACUGUCCUCAGGAUUGGAUGAUUAUCCACGUGCUUCCCACCCAAGUGAAGAUGAGCGCCACUUGGAUCUUAGGUGUUGGAUGUCACUUGCAGCAGAUUGCAUGCAUUCCAUUGAAGAGCUGUUAGAUAAGGAAACCAAACCUAGUAAGAAUUAUGGUUCUACAGCUAAGUUGCUAUCAGAUCUUGAGUUAAUAAACCAGAUGCAUUUUGAUGUUGCAUAUGGUGCGUACUUUGAUUUUGGAAAUCAUACAGAGAAGGUUCAACUUAAAUGGAAAGAAGUGGCGGUUGGACAUAAUCAAGCUGCUCGCGAGCUUGUCCGGGAAGUUUUGGAGAGACCCAAGUUGAGAUUUGUUCCCCACAUUGGUUAUGUGAGUUUAUUCCCGCUCAUGACAAGGAUCAUUCCAUCAGGAUCAUGGAUUCUGGAAAAGCAGCUUGAACUCAUUUCAAAUCGAAGCCUCUUGUGGACUGACUAUGGACUACGUUCUCUUGCCAAAACAAGUUCCAUGUACAUGAAACGCAACACAGAGCAUGAUGCUCCAUAUUGGAGAGGUACAAUUUGGAUAAACAUGAAUUACAGAAUUCUUUCAGCACUCCACCAUUACUCGAAAGAGAAUGGCCCGUAUCAGGACAGAGCUAAAGCUAUCUACGAAGAAUUGAGAAGCAAUUUAAUUAGAAAUAUAGUACGCAAUUAUCGACAGAGUGGAUAUCUGUGGGAACAGUAUGAUCAGGUUAAGGGUAAGGGAAAAGGGGUACACCCAUUUACGGGUUGGACAUCACUUGUGACAUUAAUCAUGGCAGAGGCUUAUGAAAAGAUUUAGGCAAAGCAGCAGAGAAUCAGAGAUUACAUGCAGCAACACAGAUCAAAUGUCUCUCACCGCAAGAUUGUUAGUCACCGAAGGCUGCAAGAGAUGUGGCGCACGCUGUUGUAUCUGAAUAUUGACCUUCGUAGAUUCUAGAAAAUGUUUUUAAUACCUAGGUCCGAAUGUGAUUGGUGAAAACCAUAAAGCAAGAUGCCAAUAAACUCAUGUAAGGUUAAACUCUUCCUGAAACAUUUUUCUUUUGCC